AGGUGAGUGCGAGUCCCCGGGACCCCACCGCCUCCUCACACCGAACAGGGCAGCCCGGGGGCGGGAGCCUGUCUCGUCCUGCAGAUCAUUCCCGCGUGGAAGGUGGAGGGGAGAGAGGAGUGUUGUGUCUUCUGAGGACACAGCAGGUGCAGGGCAGAGAGGACAGGGGUGACCAUUAUCUGAGGUUCCCAUGGGGAUGUGGGUGGUGAUUUAUGACGCCAAGAUCAGAGGCUGCAGGGAGGACGUCACAAUCUCGAUCCGGGCUUUCUGGGCUCUGGGAUCCAUCAAUGGACUGGGUUGACCUGGUUCUGGCUGAAAUACAAGCUCUCUCGGAUAGCAUGCCAAGUUCAUGGGUGAGUCCAGCGAGAUCCAGUGGCAUUGGGGCAGGAAGGGGGCAGAACUGAGGGAAUGAAUCUGGGUCUGAAGAUGGGAAGGGGAUACACAUUACACAGUGGUAUGCACAUCUGGAGGAAGUGUGAGCUGAUGGUCCCCGGGGACCUGGUGUGGGGACAUAAGGGUGAAGCAUAAGCCCAGGUUUGUCUUUGUCUUGGAGGCAGGAUCUGGGAGACGGCAGUGGUGUUGCUUGGCAGGAAGGCUGGGGUCCUGCAGGCAUGGCCCAGAGCUUAGAUGGUGUUUCUCUGCUGUCCCCCUUCCCAACCCAGCUGCUCUGCUGAGGGCCAUCACAGUGAGUAAUGGGACUGUGAUGAGAGAGCAGCCUGCACUGGCAUUAGGGCCUGGUGUCCACACUAACCGGGUGCCCUAGAGGAGGUUGAGGGUGGGGAACGUGUGUAAGGAGUAGGAUGGCAGGUUCUCAGAGAGACAGCUCUGGUUUCAAUUGUCUCCAUUCUAACAGGUUGGGGUGACCUUUGAGGACAUUGCCCUGUUCUUCUCCAGGGAGGAAUGGAGCCUCCUUGAUGAGGGUCAGAGACAGCUGUACCUGAAUGUGAUGCUGGAGAACUUUGAACUUAUAUCCUCCCUGGGUUGCUGCUGUGGAGCAGAGAAUGUGGAGGCACCUUUUGAAGAGAACAUUUCUGUAAGAGUGUCACAGGCAAGGAAUCCCAAGUUAGUUUUGUCUUCCCAGAAAAGCCACCCCUGUGAGAGUUGUGGACUAGUUUUGAGAAACAUUUUCCGCUUGACUCAUCAGCAGGCAUUACAACACAGGCAGAUACUGUUGAGGUGUGGGGCAUGUGCAAAACAAUUUUAUUUCAGUGCACAAUUUCACCAGCACCAGCAGGAGCACUUGAGAGAGAAGCCUUUGAUAAGAGGUGUGAACAGUGUCUCACUUGAAAACAGCUGCGAUUUCAAUGUGUUUCAGAACCUUUUUACCUGUGGAGAGGUGGAGCAGGACGUCCUUAGCAUGGCAGGCCAUUUCCAGCAAAAGGAUACUCAGAUCAGUGACAAGCCAAAUGUUAUCUCAAUGUGUGGGGUGACAUAUCAAGGGAAAAAUAAUUAUUUUACUACAAAAGAAAGUAAGAAAGCCAUUGACUAUAACUACACGUGUAUUUGGGACAACAGUGUCCCUACUGGCAAAACGUAUUUUUGUUGCCGUGAAUGUGGAAAAUAUUUUGCCCAAUUUUCUACUUUUUGUUACCAUCAGAGAUCUCAUGCAGAAAAAAAGCUUUAUGAGCACAGUGAAUUUGGGGAUUCUUUUACCAGUAUUACUGGCCUCCUUUCUCAUCAGAGAUGUCACAAAGGUGAAAGGCCUUAUCAAUGUAUUGAAUGUGGAAAAUCUUUUACCAGGAUGUGUUUUCUUCGUGAUCAUCAGAUAGUUCACACUGGGAAAAUGCCUUAUGAGUGCAGUGAAUGCGAAAAAUCUUUUACCUGUAAAAGUGGCCUCCGUUACCAUCAGAUGAGAGUUCACACUGGAGAAAGGCCUUAUGAGUGCAAUGAAUGUGGGCAAUCUUUUGUCAGUAGUAGUGGCUUCCGUUAUCAUCAGAAAUUGCACGCUGGAGAAAGGCAUAAAUGCAAUGAAUGUGAGAAAUCUUUUAACAGUAUCUAUCAUCUUCGUUAUCAUCAGAGAGUUCAUACUGGAGAAAGGCUUUAUGAGUGCAGUGAAUGUGGGAAAUCAUUUAUUCAGAAACAUGGCUUCCAAUGUCAUCAGAGAAUUCACACUGGAGAAAGGCCUUAUGAGUGCAGUGAAUGUGGGAAAUCAUUUACUCGGAAUAAUGUCCUUAAUCGUCAUAAGAGAAUUCACACUGGGGAAAAGCCUCAUGUGUGCAGUGAAUGCGGAAAAUCUUUUACCUGUGGAAGUAGCCUUCGUUACCAUCAGAUGGGAGUUCACACUGGAGAAAGGCCUUUUGAGUGCAAUGAAUGUGAGAAAUCUUUUACCAGUAGUAGUGCCUUCCGUCGUCAUCAGAAAAUUCACACUGGAGUAAGGCCUUAUGAGUGCAGUGAAUGUGGAAAAUCUUUUAUCAGUGGUAGUAGCUUCCGUCGUCACCUGAGAGUUCACACUGGAGAAAAGCCUUAUGUGUGCAGUGAGUGUGGGAAGUCAUUUACCACCAAGUAUUGCCUUGGUUGUCAUCAGAAAAUUCACACUAGAGAAAGGCCUGAUGAGUGUAGUUAAUAUGGGAAAUCUUUUAUCCAAAAUUCUAACCCUACUCCCCACAUAAGAGUUCACAUUGGAGGAAGGUCUUGUAUAUGUAGGAAAUGUAGAUUAUUUUGCUGAAU